CGCUGCAAUUAGGGAGAGUGAAGAAGAAAUACGGUAACGUCGUAUACUUUCUAAUAUCAUACGGUACUUUCGAUCGAGAACGUCGAUCGCCGGUAUGUCAAACACAACUAACAACUCGAUCGCAAUGAUUUCAACAUCAUACGAACCGAGCACGAUGUAAAACGUUAAGCAAUACGUUUGGAUAGCAGCUUUGAUUGUUUAGGCGGAGUUGUAAAGUGGGACAAAACGCCCAACGAUUAAUGUUUUCUGUUGACUUUCUCUCGCAAUGACGUCGAAUUUUGUGUAGGUAAAUCAUAGAAAGAUUGAAGACUAUAUAACAGGUGCAUCGUCCACGAUGAGGGUUUAGUUCUAUGGAGUUUUAGAAACAAAUUUAAAGAACAAGACAAACGAUGAAGUACGUGAGAUGCAUCUCGUUAAUCGCAUUCGUUGCGCUGAUGGUGACAUUCGUCCACAGCGAAGAUUGCACCGUCGAGAACGAGGAGUACUACAGCUGUGCAUCCCCGUGCCGCCGAAACUGCACCAAUCUUGGGCAAAUGUUGAGCUGCACGGGUGUGUGCGUUUCGGGAUGCUUCUGUCGACCGGGCUACUUUCGCCGGGACGACAAUGCUUGCGUGAAGCCAUGGCUAUGCUCUAAUAAUUCGUUGCAAAAUCAGCUCACCGCUGGGAACGGCCUAGACGUACCACAUUAGCGAAAACGGUGGUGUUCAAUUUUGCCACCAAGACAGCCGCAACCUUCCACCGCACGGGUGUAUCUCAGGCACGGCAAUUGUUUGUGCAGUAUGGAAACCCCCAAACUGUACAAACAAUUCGCUUUAAAAUGGUGCUGGUGUUUCUGUUUCAAUAAAAAAAACCUCCUCCUUUUCCCAAUGUACUUGAGCAUCUCGAAAUUUGGUUGAUUCAUAGUAUGAGUAAUAUCUACGAAAAUGAAAAAUGUUCUAUAAAACUAUGAAAAUAGACUACAUAGACUGCCGAAAGUCGGUCUCCGGCUUGUAGCACAAGCAGAAAUGCAAACACAUACCCUUUCCGAAGAA